CUGGCUUCCCCGAGUCCUCGCUCGACUCCAGCCCUGGAUGGGAACCGGCAGCCGACACUCGCCUGGGCGGCAGAGGAAGCCAGGCUGCCUGGAGGAGGACGCGUGACCGGGCCUGAAAGUCCGUACCUGCUCCAUGGUGACGGCCAUGUCGGUGAGGUUGCGGUUCCUGUCCUCUGGGGACGCGGGGGCCGUGGGGGUCGUGGGCCGGAGCGCCUCCUUCGCGGGCUUCAGCAGCGCACAGAGCCGGAGGAUCGCAAAGUCCAUCCACGGGAACUCCGUGAGAGCUCGAAUGCCUGCCAAAUCCUCCAAGAUGUAUGGCACGCUGCGGAAGGGGUCUGUCUGCCCGGACCCCAAGCCACAGCAGGUGAAGAAGAUCUUCGAAGCACUCAAGAGAGGCCUCAAGGAGUAUCUGUGCACCCAGCAGGCCGAGCUGGAUUACCUGUCAGGGCGCCACAAGGACACCCGCAGGAAUUCCAGGCUGGCUUUCUAUUACGACCUGGACAAGCAAACACGCUCUGUGGAAAGGCACAUCCGGAAGAUGGAGUUUCACAUCAGCAAGGUGGACGAACUCUACGAGGGCUACUGCAUCCAGUGCCGCCUGCGCGACGGGGCCUCCAACAUGCAGAGGGCCUUCUCCAGGUGCCCGCCCAGCCGCGCCUCCCGGGAGAGCCUGCAGGAGCUGGGCCGCAGCCUGCAGGAGUGCACCGAGGACAUGUGGCUUAUCGAGGGGGCCCUGGAGGUUCACCUGGGAGAGUUCCACAUCAGGAUGAAAGGCUUCGUGGGCUAUGCACGCCUCUGUCCCGGAGACCAGUACGAGGUGCUCAUGCGCCUGGGCCGCCAGCGCUGGAAGCUGAAGGGCCGGAUCGAGUCUGAUGACAGCCAGACCUGGGAGGAGGAGGAGAAGGUUUUCAUCCCCACGCUGCACGAGAACUUGGAGAUCAAGGUGACAGAGCUGAGGGGCCUGAGUUCACUGGCCGUGGGCACAGUGACCUGUGACAUCACUGACUUCUUCACGACCAGGCCGCAGGUGAUCGUGGUGGACAUCACAGAGCUGGGCACCAUCAAGCUACAGCUGGAGGUGCUGUGGAACCCGUUUGACACCGAGAGCUUCCUGGUGUCGCCCAGCCCUACGGGCAAGUUCUCCAUGGGCAGCAGAAAGGGCUCCUUGUACAACUGGACACCCCCAAGCACGCCCAGCUUCCGAGAGAGGUACUACCUGUCUGUCCUGCAGCGGCCAGCGCAGCAGGCUUUGCUGCUGGGUGGGCCAAAGGCCCCUUCCAUCCUCGGCUACCUGUCCGACAGCGACCUUCGGGGGUCCGGCCUGCGGAGCCGGAGUCAGGAGCUGCCCGAGAUGGACUCUUUCAGCUCUGAGGACCCCCGAGACACUGAGACCAGCACAUCAGCAUCCACCUCAGACGUGGGGCUCCUGCCCGUGGCCAUUGGCCCCAACACCUCCAUCGAAGAGGAGGCCCAGGAGGACCCCCAAUCCCUGGGCCUCCUGCCGGAGAUGGCCCACCCGGCCGGAGGCUCAUUUGUGGAGCAGCCUGGCUGGAGGAAUUUGGGAACAGAGGGCCCCAGCCUGCCACGGGGCUCCCCAUUCCACAAGCAUACAGUCCCGGGUAGCCAGAAAGACGAUGACGAAGGAGAAGCCGAGGACGGAGUGGAUGGGCCUGGGGUGACCCUCGAGAGGCCGCUGCAAGAGGUUCUGGAUUUACUGAGGUCCAUGGAUACUGCCCAGCCCCAGCUCCGGGAGCUGGAGUACCAGGUUCUCGGCUGCAGGGACCGGCUGAAGCCCCGUGGCGCCCGCCAGGAGCACGCCUCUUCCGAGAGCCUGAUGGAGUGCAUCCUGGAGAGCUUCGCCUUCCUCAAUGCUGACCUCGCCCCGCAGGAGCUGUCCCUGUGUGGGGGCUGCCAGGGUCCCAGCAGCACCAGACAGGACACACAGUACAUCUCGUCUUCUCCUCUCACGAUCCCACCCAGCAUCCCAGUGUCGCGUCCGUCCUUCCUCAGGCCUCGGGCUCGGCCUCCACCACGAGGCCAACGUGGUGCCGGAAAGGACAGGAGCCCGCCCCCGCUGCCAGCACGGACAGCGUCACCUCGGGAGCUGACGGCCGGCACCCCGGAGCUGGACAUGUUGCUCACCGUCCACCUCCACGUCUGCAAAACUCUGCUGCAGAAACUUGCCUCUCCUAACCUGUCGAGGAUGGUCCAGGAAUGCCUUCUGGAAGAAGCUGUGCAGCAAAAGCAGGUUCUGGAGAUGCUCUCUGUGCUGGAUUUUGAGAAGGUCAGCAAGGCAGCAUCCAUUGAAGAAAUUGUCCCCCAGGCCACACGGAGGAAGGGGUGCCUGAAGCUGUGGAGAGGGUGCACUGAGCCCGGCAGGGUCCUGUCCUGUUCUGGCACGACACUGCUGAACCAACUCAAGAAGACGUUUCUGCACAGAGUCCGAGGGAAAUACCCGGGACAACUGGAAACAGCAUGCCGAAGGCUCCUGGAGCAGGUGGUCAGCUGUGGUGGGCUGCUCCCCGGAGCCGGGCUCCCCGAAGAACAGACGGUCACCUGGUUCCAGUUUCACAGCUACCUGCAGAGGCAGGGGGUGUCUGACCUAGAGAAGCACUUUGCCCAGCUCACCAAAGAAGUAACACUUGCCGAGGAGCUGCAGUGUGCGGGGCAAGUCAAGACGAUCAGGAAGCUGCAGGGGAAGCGGCUGGGCCAGCUCCAGCCCCUGCCCCAGACGCUGCGGGCCUGGGCACUGCUGCAGCUGGACGGGACCCCCCGGGUGUGCAGGGCGGCUAGUGCUCGCCUGGCCAGCGCGGCACGGAACCAGAGCUUUCGGGAGAAGGCUCUGGUCUUCUACACCAACGCCCUGAUGGAGAACGAUGGGAAACUCCAGCAGGCCGCGUGCGUGGCGCUAAAACACCUCAGGGGCAUUGAAAGCAUCGAUCAGAUCGCCAGCCUGUGCCAGUCGGACCUGGAGGCCGUGCGAACAGCAGCCCGGGAAGCCACGCUGUCAUUCGGGGAGAAAGGACGCUCAGCUUUUGAGAAGAUGGACAAACUCUGCUUGGAACCAAGAGGAGAAGCCUUUUGCCAGGAAGCGGAUAUUGAAAUCACUGUAUUUUAAGAAGCCUCAGCUGGCACCUUUGUUUUUGCUGCUGCCUUGCCUUGACCCAGGGCCAGAGCUGUGGGUGGGGGUGUGCUCUGUGCUCCCUCAGUCCCCAGACCAGUCACGCAGCCCAGGGGCACAAAUGGGACUUUGCAUAUAGGAGCAGGAAAAGGGGACAUGCGGCACUUUGAAGGCUGUUGGACUUGAGUCAAACUACCAGCUUUCAAAGUUUUGAGAAUCUGCCUGACCUUCCCUGGCCAGCUGCACCCCCCGAAGGGGCCAAGGCCAGGCGGGUUGAGGCCUGGAAUCAAAGUCUCCCUGCCGGUUGGCCUGCUCAGCACUGCUGGUUCAAUAAAGACGGGCAGUGAAGAGACAAGCGGGCUGACUGACCUCGCUAAGGAGGACGCAGUGGGUCAUUUCCAUGGCAGCAAGCCGUCACCUUGGCAAGCCGGGGUAAGGUGGGAAGACAGACAGAGCCAGGGUUUCCAUGAUUCAUGCUCUUAACCCAAGCAGUAGUCCAAACGCCGCCGUGGAGCCUGGUGGCGGCCUGCAGACCGUGGACCUUAUUAUCGUCACUGUGUUCAACAGCACAAGGAAGAAAACGUCAUUGGCCAGGAAACCUUGUGUCGUGUCAGUAAAAGCAUCCACUGUGACCUCACUCAUCAAAAUGGAAUCGAACUUUUGAACGGAAGUCAACUUAGGGCCGAUUUGAUAAAUUGUGUCAGAAGCCAUCAGCCGGUUUGAAGAAAGAUUUCACUGAAGAAUGUAUUUAAAGAAAGAAGAUUCGUUUCUUAUUUAAGUCUGUUAAAAAAAAAAAACAAAACCCUCAAAUGUGUCCUGAACUGUUUUUGUGUUGAGCCGCAGAGACAACCUGGGGUACGUGACUCCUGACCGUGGCAUUGGGGAUUCUGGACUCUUCAACCUUCUCAUGUAAACUUCCUGUAUAUAUUCUGUGCUUUUCGGUCUAACUUCGUAUUUAUUUGCCUUGUUCCUAUGUUCAGUUUUUUGAAUUGCAAUUAAAAUGAAUUUUAUCGGUG